UUUUAGUACUCAGCUUUGACAACGCUGUCAGACCUCGAAUGACAGUCAAAAAACAGUGGAGUCACGGCGAAAGAUAAAUUAUCACAAAGUAUCGUAAUUUUCUCAACAAAUACACCAUGAGUGGACCGAUUUUCGGCAAUACAAAUUCAACGGGACUGUCCUCCACCAAUAACAGUCGUCACUUGGUGGAAUUUCGCGCUGGCCGGAUGAAUAUGGUGGGCAAAAUGGUGCAUCCGGACAAUAGGAAGGGGCUCGUGUACGUGUAUCAGUCUGACGAUGGACUUAUCCACUUUUGCUGGAAGGAUCGUACCACAGGCAACACUGAAGAUGAUCUCAUCAUCUUUCCGGAUGACUGUGAAUUCAAGAAGAUUGAGCAAUGCACUUCCGGACGAGUGUAUUUGCUGAAAUUCAAGUCAUCCUCCAGGAAGCUCUUCUUCUGGAUGCAGGAGACAAAGACGGAUAAGGAUGAUGAGUGGUGCCGUCGGAUCAAUGAUGUCAUCAACAAUCCACCCACGAAUAUACCAUCUGGAGGCCGUGGGGCAGACAACAGUGAUCUGCAGUACAUGCUGAAUAAUAUGAGCCAGCAGCAACUGAUGCAGCUGUUUGGUGGGGUUGGUCAGAUUGGUGGCCUGAGUAGUCUCUUUGGGGGCAAUGCACGUUCUUCAGAGAGCUCAUCGGCUCGGAAUACUCCUUCAACUGGCGGUGGUGGCUCGGGAGCUGCCAGUGCCACAGCAGUGACUCCGCCACCGGUCACCAGUUCUGCCAGUCAGCCAGCUGCCCCCAAGAAGACCACGGGCUCAGCCAGAGUCACCAAUAAUGGCACAGCCUCUGAAAGCUCCAAUUCCGCCACGGACAAGACCAAUGUUCUGCUGAGUGAACUUCAGAGUUACCUGUCUGAGUUCUCACCAUCUGGUCAGGCUGCAUCUGGCCAGAGGAAUCGCGGAGCCAAACCUGUGGAAUUGUCAGCAAUCCUCAAUUCUGAAUCCCUCAGCACAAUUUUGACGGAUGAAGAAUGUCGCCAGGGUCUGGAACCCUUCCUGCCCAAGACAGCCGCCAAGGAGCCCGUGGAACAGCAGAUCCGCGACACAGUAGCCUCUCCACAGUUCCAGCAGGCCUUGUCUCUCUUCAACAAUGCCCUGCAGAGUGGGCAGUUGGGCCCAGUUUUCUCCCAGUUCAAUUUGGGCGUGGAAGCUGUGACUGCUGCCAAUGAUGGUGACACAGAAUCCUUCCUUCAGGCCCUGGAAAAGAGCCUCACGUCGUCGUCGGCUGAGAAGGCCGAAAGCAAGGCGACUCCCGAGGAGAAAUGAUGCAAAUGCUGCAGAGGAGGACAGCUUCGCUACAUUUAUCUAUUUUUCUGUUCAAUAUGAGCCCCAUUUGUAAUCUUUUUCUUUUGCUCAAAAUACAAUGAGUUUCGCAACCGAAAAA